AUGUGUAUGAGACUUAUUCUCACAUAUGCCUCAGAAAGCAGAACCGAGAAAUCAACAACAAAAAGAACCACAGAGAUGAAAAUACUGCUAUCAUAUACUAAAACUAUCAAGGGAGUCACCCUCAGGGACCGAAUAAGGAGUGAUAACUUAAGAGAAGGAUUGGGCGUACAGGAUGUGGGAGUCCGGGAGAUUUCAAUUGAAAACAAUUAUUUUAAACAGCUCAGUUAUAUCAUGAAAGAAUCUGUCAAAAUUUUUUUCAUGUGUAAGCUAAAUGAUAUUUUAAAUCCACUGGAGCUAGGUCAACUAGUGGUCAGUUCUUUAGGAAUUUGUUUUGGUAUACUUCGUUUGUCAUCGGAAAAUUUGAGCUUUGGUGAUUUAAUAGUGAGUUUUUUGUACAUGGCUGGUGUAAUUUCUCAGCUUGCUGUCGAUUGUGCACUUGGAACACUUUUGUAUUAUCAGGCUAGCCUUUUACCAGAAGCAGUAUUUGACAGUAAUUGGAUGGGUUUAACAGACAAUGUUUUGAAAAAGGAUGUAAUCUUUUUCUUACAUCACUCCCAGAGAAUUCCCCAACUAACAGCUUACAACUUAUUUGACAUGCAUAUGAUGUCAUUUUUGAAGGUUAUCAGAAUGGCAUUCUCCCUUUUCACUGUAAUGAAGAAUGUGUAA